AUGAAGAAGAAACAAAUAGACCAGCUGAGGAGAGCUCGUACUGGAUUAAGAGGCUGGAUGACAAGAGAUUUCAACGCUGUUAGAAACAUUAUUGAAUCCCACUCACAUGAAGUUGAGAGAGUGGAAGAAAAGCUCGGUUCAGUUGUUACAAGAUUGCAGAAAGCCGAAGAUUUGCAGAUGGAGAUCGAAAAGCUCUUGAACGACGACGAUGAAGUCCAGGCUGAAGUGGACGCUCAAGGUUCCUGGUUCGAUAUGGUCAGAGAACGUAAAAAAAUGUUAAAAAAUGGGCAAGAGCAAAAUUCGAGUGAGAAGGCAGAGAAAGUUGAUCCCGCCACUUCAACUCCGAAGAGUACGUCAUGUACGCCCAAAAUGAAAUUACUGAAGAUCGAUCUGAGAAAAUUCUCGGGCGACGUUUUGGAUUGGCCCAAAUUAUGGGACAUUUUCAGGGUAGCGGUGCAUGAUAACAUUGAUAUACCUCCCGUGCGGAAGGUUGUUUACCUAAAAUCAUUACUGACCGGUGAAACAGCUGGAUAUGUUGCUAACUUUAAAACAGAAGAAGCCAAC